GAAUUGAUGCACUACUGAGUUGACAUGCUUUCAUAUUAUUUUUAAUGUCUGCUAUAUAAUUCUUUAUUCAGUGUAUCGUUAGCGGUUUAACAUACUACUUGGACAGAUAUUUUUUUAGCAUUUCUUUUGUGUAAAAAAUAACUUUAACGUUAUACAGAGAAACUCUGAAUUGAGGAAUAAUGAACAAAGUGAACACAUAGCUAAUUGUCUCCGAAUUCCCAGAAUUUCUAUAUUACUCGUACUGAUUUAAGUCCCCCACCCCCCCACUUUACUAAGGUUAACUACAUCUCGUUAGUGAUGCCGAGUUUCUUUUCCUUCCUCUUUUUAAACUCUAGCUGUCUCUGUCGUCUUCUACUGAUAAACCAGGAAGUCUUUUGCGCUGUGAUUAGGUCCCUCUGCUUCUACGCUUCACUCCGGUUUUUCUAUGGAUCAUGGCAUCUCAUUUUAGCGCAGUCAUAAGACUUAAUGUCACUAGUUUCCUUGCUGUAGGUCUAAUUUGUUUUCACGUAAUUUCUGCUUUUAAAUCACCGCUUUUAUCCAGAAGAGGGGUUGUCUCAAAUCCUGAAACACGGACAAACCUAAUUAAUUAUAAAACCUACUAUUUUGAACAGAAGAUUGAUCACUUUGGCUUCAUUGAAGAUGCAACAUUCAAGCAGAGGUACCUAGUAGCUGACCAGCAUAGGCAUAAAGAUGGCAGCCCAAUCCUGUUUUACACUGGAAAUGAAGGAGACAUCACCUGGUUCUGCAACAAUACAGGUUUCAUGUGGGACGUAGCUGAGGAGCUUGGUGCAAUGCUAGUGUUUGCAGAACACAGAUACUAUGGAGAGUCCUUACCAUUUGGAGACCAGUCGUAUAGUGAUCCAAAAUAUCUGAACUAUUUGACCUCGGAGCAAGCUUUGGCUGAUUUUGCCGUGCUCAUUGAAGAACUGAAGAAGACUGUGCCAGGUGCCCAGCAAAGCCCUGUAAUUGCUCUUGGAGGCUCCUAUGGAGGAAUGCUGGCUGCUUGGUUAAGAAUGAAGUAUCCACACGUAGUUGUAGGUGCCCUGGCCUCGUCUGCUCCAAUAUGGCAGUUCCCAGGCCUGGUGCCAUGUGGUGUUUUCUACAAGAUCGUGACUGACGAUUUCUCCAAGAGUGGGAGUGGCUGUUCGGAAAGCAUCAGGAGAUCAUGGAAGGCAAUUGAUAAUGUGACAUCGACAGAGGAAGGUCUGCAGUGGCUCUCCAGUGAAUUUAGACUCUGCACUCCGCUCAAGAACAAGGAGGAUGCCAUGGCUGUAAAGAGCUGGCUGCAAGAAACCUGGGUCAAUCUGGCAAUGGUCGAUUAUCCGUAUGAAGCCAACUUCCUUCAGCCCCUGCCAGCAUGGCCAAUUAAGGUUGUCUGCCAGUAUCUUAAGGAUCCAUCUCUGCCAGACACAGCUUUGCUGCAGGGUAUUUUCCAAGCCGUGAAUGUGUACUACAACCAUACGGGAAAUACCCAGUGUCUCAAUACUUCACAGACUGCCACGGGAAAUUUGGGUUAUAUUGGCUGGUAUUAUCAGGCCUGCACAGAGAUGGUGAUGCCCAUGUGCUCCGAUGGUGUCAACGACAUGUUUGAGGCCCAGAUGUGGGAUUUCCAAGCCUUCUCCGAUGAGUGUUAUGGGCAGUUUGGGGUGAGGCCUCGAGCCGAUUGGGCCAUUACUGUAUAUGGAGGGAAGAACAUUAGCUCUCACAGCAACAUUAUCUUCAGCAAUGGAGGCCUAGAUCCCUGGUCAGGUGGUGGGGUGACUCAGAAGAUCUCAGGAUCGCUGGUGGUCAUUAUGAUUCCGGAAGGGGCUCAUCACUUGGACUUGCGUUAUAACAAUGCCUACGAUCCGCAAUCUGUGCUAAAUGCUCGUGACUUGGAGGUGCAAUAUAUGAAGAAGUGGAUAAAAGAAGCAGCAGAUUCCAAAUCGCCCAGUAAUCACCUGCCUUAGGGUUAUUAGAACUUAGCUUUGCAGUCUCAGGUCUAUGUAAUGCUGUGUUGGUUUUGACUUAAGUAAAGGUCUCAAAUAUCUGUUGGAAACAAAAGCACAGAGUUGCAGUCUUAAGAAGGAAACAACAGUGUGGCACAGUCAUACUUGAAAUUAAUUUGCUUUCAUGUUGGUGUUUGUAAAUGCAUAGAUUUCACAUGUGUUCAAGUCCGGACCUACACCCCUUACCAAAAUGUCACCUGUAAAACAAUGAUUUGGCAAAUUUUCUGUAUAAAACUUCCUUUGUAUAAGAAGGUGUAACACUGUGAUGUGUUACAGUCAAAAGCACAGCCAUACCGUCCUAAUCUGUUUUCUCUUCUUCAAGGGUUUAUCUUUCAAUAGGAUUUCUUUUCUGAACAUUUCUUGAUUGCACUUGUACUCUUUUGUGGUUCCUUUUAAAGAGACCGUUAUAGCACAUGUAGGGAAUUGGAGUUGUCAUGACUAUUAUUUGUAGGUUUUGCAGGCUAAUUUGUAGUGUUUGUAGUUGUAUACUGGCAAACUCCUUUGCUAAUAGUAUAUUUAAAAUAUCUAUUUCUACUACUAGUGUAAAGCACCGAGUCGUGUAAAAUGUCUGAAGAACCUCAAGAUAAUCAAGGAUGAAGAAUCAUAGUCAGGACAUAAUGUACUCGUGGAUCUACUAUGACGGUUAAGAUGUCAUCAUGCAUGUUUUCUAUAAUCUUUUGUUUGAACAUUGCCCAGAGUUAUGCUCAUCACUAGUUUUAUAGUAAAUCAGGAGCCCUAAGUAAUAGUCAUAAUGUACCCACUGGCUUUCUGUUCAUGUCCUUCCAUUGGCUGCCCUUUAGGCUCUAAUGUAUGGUUCAUGGCUGUGGUUCAUCACUUACCUGCUGAGUCCUUCAGAACAUCCUGGUGCCUUCAGAAGAAAGGGCUGUAGUUGUGCUGCUUACUGGCACUGACUGGAGCUUGGUAAUCUAAACUAGGUGCUCCCUUGAUUUGCUGCAUGGUCAUUUGGAGUACCAUCAAAAAAAAUAUGAAUAAAAAGAUUGUUCACAGUGUGUGAAUUGCUUAGAUAUACUCCUGUUCAUCAGACCAAAGGGCACUUUUUUUUUUUUAAACAUUGGCAGUGGUGAUGGUGCCUUUGUAAGGCAUUACUUAGACAGCCAGGAUACACUUUCAUUUUAAGCAAGUUAAUGAUAAAUUCACAGCCACACAAGUCAUUCGUAUUCAAAUAGUGAUGAUAUUGUUUUACUGAAAGGAGUUUAUUGUAGUAAUUUUGUACCGAGUUGAAUAUUUCUUAACCUCUAAAUGGACAAAUGCCUUCAGUUAUGUUAUAUUUCAUAUUGAGAUUUUUAAUGAAAAUUUAGAAGGGCAGGACCCUACCAUUUUGUAUACAUUCUUUUGAGAGAAUUAUGCUUGAACCAAAUCAGAUUUGGGCAGUUUGUGCAAAAAAAAUUCAUUCUCAUUGGGGGAUUAUUUGCAUUCACGGCAGUGCCUGUCUUCAAUUGGAAUUGAUGCCUUUCUUCAUUUGGAGUGGCUCUUUUGAGAAGGCUUUAUGUCUGUAUAGACAUCCAGAAUUUCAAAGUUGAAAAAAUGGCUUGCAUAGAAUUAUACUGACUCAUCCUCUUGAAUGAUGCUUACAAUGAUUAUUAUUUCAGUAAUGCUUCAUUAGGUGUUUGUAGCAAGUCAUAUAUUAGAUGUUUUAUGAUUAUUAAUCUGUGCCUUCUAAGUAUCACAUUAAGCAUACUGCAUACUGCUUAAUGUGAUAAUGUUAGUCAUUAUAGCUCACACUGGCAAUACAACUAUUAGUAACUGACAUGUACAUCUUCAAGCAUCACAACAAUUUUCUUUUUCAGUCUUUAGAGCCAUGGGAGUAAAAUGCUGUGGUUUUUCGGAUGCUGUUUAGGUAAUUGAAAUGAUAAAUUGUAAAGUUUUCAGACAUCAGUUCAAGUUCAUUUAUCAUAUUAUCCUCUAAUACUAGAUGUGUAUUGUUCUAAAAAGAGCAACACAGAUUUGUUCAUGUCCUCAUCUUGGAUGAUACAGAGUACCUAUAAAUUGUGUACGGAAAUGGAAGGAUGAAGUGCAAUGUGGAAAACCAUUAAAAUGGUCACAAUUUCAUGUAUUAUUUUAUAUUGUUCUACAAAUAAGCUAUAUAAGGAUACCUGAUACAUGCCAAACGUCUUAAACUUUCUCAAUGUGAUUUACCUAAAUCUGUGCUGUUUUUAUUAAUUGCAUUUUUUUGUCCUUGCAUUUAAUGUUACUGCCCUUGUUUGAGUUUCAUGAUCGUGUCCUGUCAUGGAUUUGAUUUUCUUUUCCUACCAAAUAAAAUUGUGGUCACACAAAGAUAGUUUUGAAGA